GGAAAUAGGUGUAAUAUAUAUACAAGUCUGACUUCUCUCUCUCCACCUUGUUACAACAGAUGAAACAAAUAUUUCAUCCUGUUCUGAGAAUCAACGUGAUGGCAUCGUAUCCAGUGCUGCUGUUCCUGGCUACUGUGCUGCAUUCAUUCUUUCCUGCAUAUGGAAAUGAGAAUCAAGAUUUGAAUGCUCUGUCAACCACUCAAAAGGAAGUUCAAAGUGAGAUUGUAAAUAAGCACAAUGAACUAAGAAAAUCAGUAUCUCCCACUGCCAGCAACAUGCUAAAGAUGAAAUGGAGCAAUGAAGCUGCAGCCAAUGCCCAAAAGUGGGCCAACCAGUGCAUUUACAGUCACAGUGCCCCAGAUGCCCGAAAAACCAAUAUAAGCUGUGGUGAGAAUCUCUUCAUGUCAGACUACCUUCCUUCAUGGUCAGAAGCAAUCCAAGCCUGGUAUGAUGAGCACCAUGAUUUUAUCUAUAAUGUAGGGGGAAAGACACCUUCUGCAGUAGUUGGACAUUAUACUCAGGUGGUUUGGUACUCAUCUUUCCAUGUUGGAUGUGGAAUUGCCCUCUGUACUAAUCAAAAUUUAAAAUACUUCCUGGUUUGCCAGUAUUGUCCCGCUGGCAAUUAUCUUAGUAGAAUAAAUACCCCUUAUGACAAAGGAGCACCUUGUGGCAGUUGUCCUGGUCAUUGUGAAGAUGGACUAUGCACCAAUGGUUGUGAUCAUGAAGAUGGCUAUGGUAACUGUAAAUAUCUGAAAAAUGCACUAACCUGUGAAAAUCCAAUUACCAAGAAAGGUUGCAACGCCACCUGCAAUUGUGAAAACAAAAUCUAUUAAAUAAUAAGUGCCCAUGAGGAGUGGUAGGUAAAGAAAGUCCAAAUCAUCUGUUGAUAUUUGAUGUAAACUACCAGGAAAAUUAUGGGCAGGUUAGCUGCAAAUUUUAUUCCAAGCAACGAAGAAUCCUUUUCAUCUAGAUCUCCUUCUUAUUUUACAGAAAUCUUUUUUAUACAGAUGAUUAAAAAGAAAAUCCAUGAUAACAACUUUCAAUUUUGAUAUAUGAAUUUUUUUAAUUUAAAUUUAGUCAAGUUGAGGAUUCUAAAAAUUAUACUUUCCUAUGACUAAAGUUGCUAAAAAUCUGGAUUAAAGUUGAGAAUUAUGUUCCCAGAACACAAUAUACUCAAAAAACAGAAUGUGAUUGUCAUUGUCACAUGAGUCCUAGGCUAUAGUCAUUCUUUCUUGUUCCACCUGAGUAACUCUAAAGAAGUGUCCAUCUAUACUGUCUUUAAUUCCUUCUAAUUUAUUCUUCUUCACACUCAUCUGGAUCUCAGUCUCAUAAUUAAAUUAAAACUGAUAUUCUCAGUUAACUGGCAUUCAUUUUGCCAAAAUCAAUGAAGACUUUUGAUUCUUCUUUUGCAAAAAUUUUACAGUAGAAUAUGUCACACUUGCCUUUCUAAACCUCUCUUCCCUUAGACAAAUCUUCCUUAAAAAAGAAUUCAAAAUCAUUUAAGCAUGCAAUCUCCCCUCAAGAAGUUAGAACUCAGUCCCAUCCCUUUUUGAAUCUUCUCUGAAUUCAUUGACUUACUUUCUAAGAAUAGACAAUGGAAAGGGAAUAAUAUUCACUUUACAAUGGAUAAAUCUGACAAAUGUCAUCCUACUCAAGUAAUUCGAAUUCAAAGCUCUUUUAUUGAUAUUUUAAAUGAAGUACUCUUCCUUGAAACACUUUCAAAAUACAACUUUUAGAACAUAAAAUUUUUAUUCAGGAUAACUACUUCAACAAUUUGGACUAUUAACAGGAAACAAAAUAUAAGUUAAUCUUAACAGCAUGUUAAUCCUUUCUAAGAUUGGUUUGAAUUUAUAAUUAUUUGUUUUUAAUAAUGUAAUAUUACAAUACUUAUAAUGUCUUAUUAAUAGCAUUGUAAUAACAUUAAAUUUCUUAUCCCUCACCACAUGAAUUUGUUGUAUUUAGCCAUCCCUCACUUAACAACCAGUAACAGAGAUCUGUGGGUAUUAAGUAUGGAAAUAUCCCAAAGAAAUUGCUUAUUCAUAAUUUGGAUAACAAUCCUUAAUUUGGGGUAUAUUAACAUGAGUUCUUUAUAUUUUCCAAAGUAAUAGAUUAUGAAAACAAAAUAUGAAGACAGUUAAUUUUAUCUGAAACUUGUAUAAUGGCUCUGUAUUAGAAGGAAAGAGGAGCUGAUGGAGAGAAAAAUAUAAAAACAUGCAAAAAUGUAUACUUUAAAAUAAAUGCAUUGCCUAUUCUAUAUAUAAUGUUACUGGGUGGAUUAUUCAGCUGUUUACCAACUAAUGCUUCACUGUGUAAAAAUUAUAUAGCAAUGCACUAUCCCUAGUUUACAUUUUCUGGCCAUUUUUUAGAAUGCAACUUAGUAUUUUGCUGCUGUUAUCAAUAGGGAGAUCCAGCAAUUCAUAAUUAAAAACACUAUGAUUAACUCAUAAAAAUCAAUGACUAUAAUGAUUUCUAUGUAACUACAUUAUUGGUCAUUUCAUCACACCAAAUUCUUCCUAGUGUUAUAA